GCGGCUGCCUCCUCCUUUCCCCCGUCCUGGAGUGGAGCCGCUGCUCCCUGCCCGCCCUCGCCCCAUUGUUGCGCCGGGUCUCGGGGUGGGCAGGCGCCCGGCUUUGUGCGGAGAACUGCUGCAGGACAAGGCUCGAGUGCCUCUUUAAGAUUGAAUGGUGUUUCAAGUGGGACGUAACUGGGGAAGAAGUUUACAGUGUUCUGCUUCAGACUGUUUUCCUGAAGCCAUGGAAGAAUUAAUAGUUGAAUUGCGUCUGUUUCUUGAACUUUUGGACCAUGAAUAUCUAACAUCCACUGUCAGGGAGAAAAAAGCAGUAAUAACUAACAUUCUCCUGAGGAUACAGUCAUCAAAAGGUUUUGAAAUAAAAGAACAUGUACAGAAACAAGAAGUUUCCAAUAGUUUGCCUAGUUUGCCUGCCCCACCUCAGAUGCCUCUACCAGAGAUACCUCAGCAAUGGCUGCCACCAGAUAAUGGGCCUCCACCUCUACCAACAUCGUCCCUACCUGAAGGCUACUAUGAGGAGGCAGUGCCACUUAGUCCUGGAAAGGCUCCUGAAUAUAUCACUUCCAAUUAUGACUCAGAUGCUAUGAGCAGCUCUUACGAAUCUUAUGACGAAGAGGAGGAAGAUGGAAAAGGAAAAAAAAUGAGACAUCAAUGGCCUUCUGAGGAGGCUUCUAUGGACCUCGUAAAGGAUGCCAAAAUCUGUGCCUUCCUCUUGAGAAAGAAGCGAUUUGGACAAUGGACCAAACUACUGUGUGUUAUCAAAGAAAACAAACUACUGUGUUAUAAAAGUUCCAAGGAUCAGCAAGCUCAGAUGGAACUGCUGUUGAAUGACUGCAGUAUCACAUACAUUCCCAAAGACAGUAAAAAGAAGAAGCAUGAGCUGAAAAUCACUCACCAAGGAACAGAUGCACUGGUUCUAGCAGUACAGAGCAAAGAGCAGGCGGAACAGUGGUUGAAGGUGAUAAAAGAUGUUUGCAGCAACUGCACUGGAGCGAUAGAUUCAGAUGGACCAUCAUCUAGUUCUCCGAUACACAAGACAGAACUGGAAAAGAAAUUGUCCUCCGAGAGGCCAAGCUCAGAUGGGGAGGGUGCUAUAGAAAAUGGAAUCGCUGCUGUGUGUAAUGGAAAAGAACAAGUUAAGAGGAAGAAGAGUUCCAAGUCAGAGACCAAGGGCACAGUGACUAAAGUAACAGGGAAAAAAAUAACAAAGAUCAUCAGUUUAGGAAAGAAAAAGCCAUCAACAGAUGAACAGACCUCAUCAGCUGAAGAAGAUGUUCCAACAUGUGGAUAUCUGAAUGUGCUCUCAAAUAACCGGUGGCGUGAACGCUGGUGCAGAGUGAAAGAUAAUAAGCUCAUUUUCCAUAAGGACAGAACAGAUCUGAAGACCCACAUUGUUUCUAUUCCUCUGCGUGGCUGUGAAGUCAUUCCAGGCUUGGAUUCCAAGCAUCCCUUGACAUUCCGUCUGCUUCGAAAUGGGCAGGAGGUCGCAGUGUUAGAGGCUUCAUCAUCUGAAGACAUGGGCAGAUGGAUUGGGAUUUUACUGGCUGAAACCGGUUCAUCUACAGAUCCUGGAGCCCUGCACUAUGAUUAUAUUGAUGUGGAGAUGACUGCAAGCGUCAUACAAGCUGCAAAACAGACCUUCUGUUUUAUGAACAGACGUGUUAUAUCUACUAAUCCAUAUCGGGGAAGCACUGCCAAUGGCUACGCAUGUCCCAGUGGAAUGGCACUUCAUUAUGAUGAUGUUCCCUGCAUAAAUGGAUCGUUUAAGGGCAAAAAAAGCCCUGCAACUGCAAAUGGGAUCUUGGGAAAAGGAAGAAUUUUAAACAACCAACAGAAGAAAUCUGAAUCAGCGUCAAGUGUGAAACGCACAGCAUCGAAUGCAGAUCAGUACAAAUAUGGCAAGAACCGCGUCGAGGCAGAUGCGAAGAGGUUACAAACCAAAGAGGAGGAGUUGCUAAGGAGGAGAGAAGCUCUGAGGAACAGGUUGGCUCAGCUCCGAAAAGAAAGGAAAGACCUGCGAGCUGCCAUUGAAGUUAAUGCUGGCAGGAAGACUCAAGUGAUUCUUGAAGAUAAGUUGAGGAAGCUGGACGAGGAAUGUAAGCUGAAGGAGACGGAGCGUGUUAAUCUGGAGUUGGAACUGACUGAGGUGAAAGAGAGCCUGAAGAAAGCCUUGGCUGGCGGUAUCACACUGGGAUUGGCAAUCGAGCCCAAAUCAGGAACCUCAAGCCCACAGUCUCCAAUUUUCAAGCAUCGAACUCUGGAAAACUCUCCUAUCUCCAGUUGUGAUACAAGUGAUACUGAAUGUUCAAUACCAGUGAACAGUGCAGCAGUGCUGAAGAAACCUCCUUCAUCAAGUAAUUCUCCGUGUCGAGGCCACGUCCUUCGAAAAGCAAAGGAAUGGGAGCUGAAAAAUGGAACAUAAGCAUUACAAAUUUGUUUACUUUGCUUAAAGGCCUUGCUUCAUAUGGACCAAGACGUAGGCUGCAAAAGACUCAUCUGUAAAGUGGUGUCAAGUGACAAGGUUUUAUAAUUAUGUUCAGUUAACAGUAGCUUGGCCUUCGUUUGACUGUACUCUUUCUACUGUAUUACUGUGUAACUGAGUGUGCCCCUUUUUAUUGCCUGUAACUCUUUAUUUCCAACUUUAUUUGUAAAAAUCUUAGUAAAAAGGAGCAUAUAGUUGCAACUGAAAGUUUACAUUGCUGAAAGAGGUUAAACCCACAAUGUAAAUGACAUUGCAUCAAAAGUCCUGAAUGGAAAUCAAGACUGGUGCACGCUUUGAGACCCAGAUGAAAUAAUAUAAAUUUAGAUAUGUUGUACUAGUAAGGCUAAUUUUGACUUUCAGAAUUCCACCACCUGAGAGAGGACUUUUCACAAGCUUGCUCGUUAGGAUUCAUUCAGCUGUUACCUGUUCACUUGGCAGGAGAUCGAAGGAAUGUUUCCACAGGAACGACAUGACUUGUUUCAGCUGGGAAGUCAGGAACUCUUCCCCACCACUCUUUUCGCAAUGGUUAUAAGACGACCAUGGAAUGACAACUUGGCUGUGAAGCAUUUUUUGAUAUAUUUUAGACAGAUGCUUUUGUCAUCAGGACAUAAAAAGCUGCCAUGCAUUUUAAUAUGUUCUUUUUAUUGUUGUUGUUGCUGUUGUGCCUAAGCACCUGUCAUCUUCAAACAUCUCUCAUGUAGUCUAAAAAUUAUUUGGGCAUGAUUUUAAAAAGGCAACAAAGUGCUUUUUGUAUGUUGCUUCAUUUCUGCACCUCCCAAAAAAAUCCCACAGACAGCCUCUAAAAUUAAUUUUUAAAUAACAGCAACUUUAAAAGGCUCAUGCAGUUUUAUUUUGCUUGUUUUAACAUUGUUAAAGUCAGGUUUUAUAACUCUAUUGUAUUUGCUUCCUGCAGUCCUUUCAGAUCCUGGAUAAUAUUUUUGAGGAAAUGUGAAUUUCCAAUCUCCUUUAUACACGAUGGUGAAAUAAGAAGUGACAAGACAUUUGUGAGAGAGGACUCAUUUUCUGUUUGUCAAGUGACAGGGUUUUCCUUUUAGUCUAUGAAUAAUUCAGAAGUCUGUUUUCCCUUUGUUAUGUGUAUGUCUCUGCUGAAAAGUCAGAUGCCUUAUUGCCAAACCCAACUGUUCAAAAUUCAUGAGUCGAGCCCCCAAAUUAAUGAGUGGCUUAAAAAUCAUGAAACUUUUGUUUUUUAAAAAAAGUUAUUUUUAUUUGUCUUCUGUUUUUCGAGCCUUUAUAAUGCACUCAGGUCAUGUUUUCAAGAUUAUCUCCACAAUCAGGAACUUGAAACUAAAGUUGAGAUUUUGACAUAAUCACUUGUCUCCAGGUGCUGGGGUUUUAAAUAAGGCACCAAAUAUCACCAGUCUCUUGAUAAAAACAGAAGAGUUGGCAACAUUGCAAAUACAGACAUCAAGGGAAGAACAGAUCACUUGGUGGCCCAGUCCUUCAGUUCUAUCACUAGUAAUAAUUUACAUAGCUUUGUAAAUGUACACAGGUACGUAAAACUCAAAGUAAGGAGCAAAAGGACAUCCAUGGGUGUUAUACAUGCUUGCAAACUGCAGGCUUACAACCAUAGGCUAAAAUGUUCAGCACCCAGCAGCCCCAAAAAUGUGGCCCCAGUUGUGGGCUCUGAGCGCUUUUGAAAGACUGGGUCAUAAUGGCCCACUACUAAGGGUCUGAUUCUGUUACACAUUAAAGUCAAUGACAAGGCUCCCUCAGUGGUGCAGGAUCAGAGUCCAAAAUGGCAGUAGGCCUUGUUGCCUCCCAAGAGUAUGGCUUUUUUAGGGGCCACAAUAAUGCAAAUACAGUAGGAAAAUACGUCAGCAUUGUCUCUUAUUCAAAGCUGACUAUUGUAUUGUAUUUUAGAUUGACCUUAACAUUUUCUAGGUAAAGGGCACAAAUUAUGCUGCAUGAUAUGGACUACAGUACUAUAGAGUAUCCCAGAAACAUCAGGAAAAAAAGUUUGAUGCAAAAGUAAGUUCAUUUAGGCUUUUUACUUCAAAAGUUAUUUAUUUGUAUAUUUCACUAAAUAUUUAAUUUAUAUCUGUACAUAUUUAUGAUGCAAAUUAGGCCUCUAGUCAACAUGUGUGAUGCUGAAACAGUUGCCGUUAAUAAGUGGUCCCACAUCAAUAACACUGAACAGUCAAUAGCCUAACUAAUUUGAGUCUUUUUUCCCCCAGAUUGGCUCUGUAACUUUUUUCCCCAUAGUGAGGAGUGACUUGGGGUUAAUUUUUUAUCUCAUGCCUGAGAUGAGUGUGCCAAUUCCUCUAAGCAGACAAAUUGCAGGCUGCUUAUAUGAUGCACAACUCCAUGUAAUGAUUCUUCCAUUCUGCCACAUACACCUUUAAGAAUGGGACCCCUAAAUGCCUGUUCUAAAUGACAU